CACAGACCCCACCCCUCCCCGCGCCCCAGCCAAGAGCCCCCCCAAACACCGGCAUGGACUGCUGCACCGAGAGCCCCUGUUCCAAGCCAGACGACGACAUCCUAGACAUUCCGCUGGACGAUCCCGGGGCCAACGCGGCCGCUGCCAAAAUCCAGGCGAGUUUCCGGGGCCACAUGGCGAGGAAGAAGAUAAAGAGCGGAGAGCGCGGCCGGAAGGGCCCGGGCCCCGGGGGGCCGGGCGGAGCCGGGGGCGCCCGGGGAGGCGCGGGCGGCGGCUCCAGCGGAGACUAGGCCAGAACUGAGCAUUUUCGAAGUUCCCGAGGAGAGAUGGACGCCGCGCCCCCUUCGCAGCCACGAGACUUCCCUGCCGUGUUUGUGCCCCCCUCGUUCCUACCAACCCGACCGCUCCAGGAGCCCCCUGCGUCCCAGAGACUUUCCCAGGCAGGCUCCGUCGCGGAGUCGCUAAGUCCGCUCCCUUUUAGUUGGUCCUCCUGGCCGCUGUGGUCCCAAUCCUCCCCGCGUACCCCAAUUUUCCUCCUUUGGCUUCUGGCCCACCUCGCCCCGCACCCUGCAUGCAGCUUUGCCUCCGCGGCCUCGGGGCGCUUUCCUGCGCGCCCUGCAGGGGGCGCCCUAAGCGUCGCCCAAGUAC